AUGGCCUUGCAAACACUCAAGCAUUUCUCACAUGAAUGCGAUCUGACUUCUCCGAAGAUCGUCACAUACAACGUAUGCAAUAUAUGCUACAAAGAGGAGCCUGUCAAGUUUGAGUGUAGGCCUUGUAAUUUUGAUCUAUGCUUAUCUUGUUCCGAACUUCCGGAGAAGGUUCAUCACGAUUUCCACCGUGAACAUCCUCUAGAGCUUUGUCUAUUCAAAUAUAAUCGGAAACCUAAAUACAUCGUUUGCUCUGGGUGUGGGGAAAUGUCUUGUGGCUCCUUCUACAAGUGUAAAACAUGUGAGAUCUACCUGGACCUUGGUUGUGCGCUCCGAGACAACAUCACUGACUCUUGGGAUGUUAAAGAGUUGCUCCAUGACAGUCACUGCCACUUACUUAGGAGAUGUAGGCCAGGAUCAGAUGCCAAAGGCUCUUGCCUGCUAUGUGAGCUUCCUGUAUCCCCCUCCUCCAUAUGUUACGGAUGUAUUCAUUGUUACUCUUUUGUUCACCAAAAGUGCCUUGAUCUUCCGACGGAGAUUCAACACUCUGUGCAUCCAGCACACCCUCUCAAACGCCUUAGUUACCUACGAACAUUUGGUUGUAAAACUUUUUGUAGUGCAUGCAAGUCAGCAAUCUUAGGUGUGUCGUAUAGUUGCAGAAAAUGCGAUAUUGACCUCCAUCUAAGGUGUAUGGAUUCCUUGCUACGAGGUCUGAUGCACGAGUCUCAUAAGCACAGGCUGUUUUAUGUAGCUACUGGUGCUCGUUAUGCCAUUGACAAAAAGAGCCCAUGUCAGAUAUGCAUGGAAACUAGUGCCAUUUCUCUCGAUUCCUAUUAUCACUGUGUGGAAUGUAAUAUGAAGUUUCAUUUCGAGUGUCUUGGUAUACCCAAGUCUCUCGUCAAGAAAUCUUUUCACACUCAUCCACUUGUGUGCAAAACAUUCUUAGGCAAUGACCACGAGUCUUUGGAGUAUUGCGGUGUGUGCGAGACAAUGGUACAUGCAGAACAUGAUGCUUACUCUUGCCAAGAAUGUGAUUAUCGUGGUCACAUUGAAUGCAUUCUACGCAAGGAAGAGCCCUCCCCUAUGUACUUGAAAGAUUUAUAUUUACGUGGCCGUGAAGGCAGCACAAGAGCAACUAAUCAAGAAGGCGAUGAAACAAACAUAUUGGAAACCAAACUCAUGGUUAAUGAUGUGGCGCAUAUUCAUGUGAUGAAACUGAUCCACAUGAGCGACCUUGACGAAAAAGCAAUUUGCGAAAUAUGUAGAGAAAAAAUACGCGAGAACCCAUGUAAAUGCACAUCUUGCAGUUUCCAGACUCAUCAUUUUUGUGCAGAGCUUGGGCAACCAUGGAAAAAUCGGCUUCUUCACAGGGAGCACCCUUUAACACUCCUGCCUAAUCCCCCUACAAGAGAGUUAAUGAACUGUAAUAGCUGCAGACUUCCUUUGUUGGGAUUUAUUAUCUUCUGUCGAAUAUGCAAUUUCGUCAUUGACAUCAACUGCGCCUUGAGAGGCAAACAAUCUCUUGGGAUGUUAGGGAAAAAAGUCAUCGGAGAAAGUGGAGGAAGAUGCGUGAAUGACAAGCAUGUUAUAGUUCAAGUUAUGGUAUCGAGGUCGUAUAUGACUGAUUGUGCUAUUUGUUUUGAGAAGCUAUAUGGAAAAGCUCUAUCAUGUAUGACGUGUGGGGAGAUAUAUCAUUCUCGCUGUAUGGAAGUUUGGAGAAAGCCAAUAUGUGAUCAUCCACUUCAUUCAGACCACAAGCUUUUUGCUAGAGUUAUUGCAAGUGGAGCCAACUGCAUUGCCUGCAAGAUGAAUAUUCCAAAGCAUGGAUAUAGUUGUUACGUUUGCAAGAUCAGCUUCCACAUCGAAUGCAUCAAAGCUGUGGAUAUAUCGUCAAGUAAAUUCAAGCCUCACAUUCACUAUCUUUAUAAUUUUUGGAUGGAAGACUUACGAUUGACACAAGCUUGCAGUGUUUGUGCUACACCAUGUGGUGUUUCGUUCUACGGCUGUGUUGAUUGUAGCUUUAACGCCCAUGUAGAGUGCAUUGGGAUUGCAACCAAUGUGAAGAGCCCGCAACAUAAACAUUCUGUCGAGCCAAAGUAUAUUUCUGAUGAAAGAAGCUGUUCUCUCUGUGGAUCAGAAUGCUCUUAUCAUACUUGUUACUGUUGCAAGCACUGCAACGACGUGUUUCAUAUCAAAUGUUUAAUGCCUCUGGAUGACCGUAAAGCAGCAACAGAAGAGGAACAAGUUUGUGACAUAUAUCUUAUGUACCUUGAGCGGAAUCUGUUAGACCUUUUGGAUGACACUGAAUCUUUGAUACUUCCUCAACUUUGA